CAAAAGUCCGCAGCGAUCGUCAAAGCUUCACACACGUCUUUCUCCAUAACUCUCGUCUCAGCAGAGGUCACGCAGAUUCUUCUCCGAGAAUCCAAUGUCGUUCGAGGGGGAAGAAGAGGAGGAGACCUUCGAGCACACGCUCCUCGUGGUGCGCGAGGUCUCCGUCUACAAGAUCCCGCCGCGAACCACGUCCGGCGGGUACAAGUGCGGCGAAUGGCUCCAGUCAGACAAGAUCUGGUCCGGCAGGCUCCGCGUCGUCUCCUGCAAGGACCGAUGCGAGAUCCGCCUCGAGGACUCGAGCUCCGGCGAUCUGUUCGCGGCGUGUUUCGUGGAUCCCGCCAGGAGAGAGAACUCCGUCGAGCCGUCGCUCGAUUCGUCUAGGUAUUUCGUGCUCAGGAUCGACGACGGGCGUGGGAAGUACGCGUUCAUCGGGCUGGGGUUCGCGGAGAGGAACGAGGCGUUUGAUUUCAACGUGGCGUUGUCGGAUCAUGAGAAGUAUGUGAGGAGGGAGAAGGAGAAGGAGGCUGGGGAGACGAGUGAGAGUGAUGAUCACAUUGAUAUUCAUCCCGCUGUUAAUCAUAGAUUGAAGGAAGGUGAAACCAUAAGAAUCAACGUGAAGCCCAAACCAACGACAAGUGGCACUGGGAUGCUCUCAGCUGCUCUUUCAGGGAACGGGAAGCCUAAACCUCUAGCACUUGCUCCACCACCAAGUGCUGCUACAAAAACCAGGUCUCCUUUACCGCCUCCACCAAAUGAUCCUAUCGCUUCAAGGAUUGCAUCUGGUGGUUCAAAGGAACCAACGGAUAACACAAGACGCAGGGACAAUCCUCUGUCUGAUCUAUCUCAGCUCAAGAAGAAUCUUCCUUCAACAAAGGGAUCAGGAUCGUCAGGAGCUGCAGGUUGGGCAGCUUUCUGAUCACAAAGGAGUGCGAAAUAUCUAAGGUCUUGGACCCGUCCGGCUUCAUCUUCUUGUGACUUGAGAGCAAGAGACAUUAGUGCACCAGGACAAACAGCAACCUGAAGUUUUUUCAAUAUAAUGUAUGUUUACUGGUAGAUUGAUGUGCGCUUCUUUGUGAUCCCAACACUCCCUGUUGUAUUAUUUUUUUUUCCUUUUCAAAUCAUGUUUGUUACAUCUGCUGGAUCUUGAGAUUUAAUAAGUUUACAGAUAAGAA